AUGGCGGGGGUAGUGGAGGCGGGGGCUCCUGCGGCUUCGGUGUUCCACAAGCGCAAGAGGCAACUAAACGCCACCGUCAACGUUUAUACAGCGCUGGAUAAGAAAGCAGUACAUACCCUUCGGUAUGGCGACAGAUGUGACAUCGCAGCUACAGCUCACCCUGGCAGAGCUUCCAGCCCUGUUCCCCCCAGAUUCCCCUCCAUUGGGCAGGGUGUGGACAAAGGUACCUGGGGAGGUUGA